GCUUCCGGUCCGUAGGCGUUCUUCUUCUCUUCGUUUCGUAUAGUUAAGCGUGUGCUUGUCGAUAAUCAUUGUUCAAAGGACUAAAAUAUAAAUUUAGAGAGAAGGAUUGAAGACGUUUGCAUACAGAGAUAAUGGCAGCGACGAUGAGAUGUCUUAUGAGGUUCAAUGUGGGACUGGCAAAUCAUACUUUUCUGAAACAUAGCUUCCUCAAUUCUUGCAGAUUCUUAUAUUCGGAGAAGAGCCUGGGUCUGCAAGGCUAUGAAAAUGCACGAUUGAACUUUCGCAAUCAGUUUUUAAAUGUGGAAAAUACAUUUCGCAACAAAAUGGAAGAAGUAUGCAAUACAGACUCGAGUAUGAUCUUCACAGAAGAUCUAAAGUCUAUGUUGCAUUUAGCUCAGAAAACCUCCGAAGACAUUGAGUUACUUAUUAAAAUGUUGACAAAAUUUAACAAUCAAACCAAGGAGAUGAGAUUUGGUACUUUUAUCUUUGGUCCUGUAGUGAUGCGUACCCUGUAUUACUUAGACGAACCAGAUCUUGCGUUCACUGCUUUCAAGGAUCCUAAGUUUGAGAAUUUCUUUGAGCAAUUAGUCAGUUACCAAAUUCUUUUAACUCUGUUAUAUAAGCAUAAAAAGUACACAGAAAUGAGAGAGAUAUAUGAUAUGAUUAAGAACAAAGACCUACCAGAUGGAUAUCCUAAGAAUUCUUUGAUUUUGGUUAUGGCUGCAUGUUAUAAGGAGAAUACACCGGAGGCAUUACAAUAUGGUUUGAACAUCUGGAAAGAUUUAGAUGACAAAGGAUACAGGAUCAUGCGUAGAGCUACUACAUUUUUAUCAGCUUUAGCCAUUAAUCAGAAUUCGCCUCAUAUAGCUAUAGAAAUCUUAAGUACUAUAAAAGAGGUCCGAUAUAUUCACAUAAGAAAUCUGAAAGUUUUAGCCUACACAAAUUUGAAGAGAUUUACUGAGAUAGUGCCUAUAUUUAGGGCAUCAUUAGAACGUGAUAGAUCCUAUGCACCAAAAGAAAAUUAUUGUAAAGAUGUGAUUGAAAAAUUGGAAGCGACUAUGGCACAGGAGAAUAUUCCUGAUGACUUUGAACUUUACAAGUUGAUUAGUUUAUUGAAAACGGAAGAGUUCAUUUUAUCUAGUACUUUGGACGAUCAAAUCUGCACGGAAAUAGAAAUUGAUAGAUCGAGAUUUGACAAAAGGAGACUUGACACUCGACAAUCAAGUUUCUCACAGCGAUCACAACCGUUUGUGCGUAAUAAUAGUAGACCAGUGUUGCGGGAUCUUUUGUAAGUAUGUUUAUGGAGACAUUUCCAUACAGGUGUAGAAUAUGUCUCAUAUAACCCGCUAAUUUAUGAGACAGAUUUCAAAUUAAACCAAUGAUAAUAAAUAAAUAUGAUUUGUUUCAAUUAAUAAUG